AUGGACGGCAAGAUUCGGCCCGCCCGGAGCCGACGACACAUCACCACCGCCUGCUGGCCCUGCAGAGAGGACAAGAUCAAGUGUGACGGGACCACUCCGGAAUGUCGCCAGUGCGCCGCAAAGGGCCGCGGCUGCAGCUAUGCCGGCGUUGACAGGAGAAAGCUAUCGCUUCGCAAGGCCGUCGAGGCCUACUCGCAGCGCGUGUCGCAGCUCGAGUCCUAUAUCCGCUCCCAGGGCCUCGCCGUCCCGCCCGCCCCGAACCAAGACCACGAGGCGACCAUGAGCCAGCUCUCCAGCCUGUACGCCCCGGAUCCAGCGCCCCAGCUGAGCCCCGCACAGCCGGCUUAUUCCGAGGCCGCCCUGAACAAGCAGCCCCGUAUUCUGCCGGAUCUGGGACCCACCCUGAAUGCUCCGGCCAUCCAGCCGUCAAACAGCCCCCCGAUUGACAUCCUGAGCAUGCCGACGCCUUCCCUGCACGCCAUGCUCGACCCACCCGAGCAUCCGUGUGAGGUCCCGCCCAUGGGCAUACCCGCCGACUUGGAUUUUGCGGGGACAGCCCUGCCCUUCAACCACUGCUUCGAUGUCGACUGGGUGUGGAACCACACCAUGGCUCCGCAGAUGGACGCCGCCGUCAACGUCGACGAGCUCGACCUGUGGGCGCCGCGAGGCGAUGAUCCCGCAAUGCGGGCCGAGUUCGCCUCCAGCUCUGCCGACGAUCCCUCUCCCCCUACCCUGCUCAAUGACGAUGACUCGACCGACGACGAAGACCACUCGGCCGUCACCAACCAGCUCUCGGCCCGCCUGGGCUCCCUCCUGACCGGCGACAACGGGGAGCGCCAUUUCUACGGCGCCACCUCCAACCUCAACCUGGCCCGGAGCAAGACGGUGGCCGCGCUGUAUGCCAGACGCCGCGAGAAGGGUCGGCAGGCGCACGCCCGCUUGGAAGCCGCCGGUGUCGAUCAAUGCAUCAGCAGCGAUCUCGAGGAUCAUCUCCUGCACCUCUUCUUCACCUGGCACAAUCCCAGCCUGUACCUGGUUGACCGAGACAUCUUCAGAGCCGCCCGCAAGAGGUUCGAAGACGGGGAUCGCUCGACCUCGUUCUAUUCCCCGUUCCUCCUCAAUGCCAUGUGUGCUGUCGGCGCCAUUUUCGAGACGCGCAAGCACCCCGGCUUACCCACCCCCCUGGCCGAGUUCUUCGCGAGUCGAGCCACGACGUUGCUCGACAUUGAACUCGAGUCCCCGCGCAUCGCCACGGUGCAGGCGCUUGCCAUCCUCAGCAGCCAUGAGGCGGCGUGCACGCGAGACACGCAAGGAUGGCUAUUUGGCGGGAUGGCCGUCCGGCUCGCCAUUGAUUUUGGGCUGCACACCAGCGCGAAGCCCUAUGUCGAGGCCGGGACCAUGUCGAUCGAAGAGGCAAGGGGUCGAAGCGUGGCAUUUUGGGGUGCCUUCGCGACGGACCGCAUGUGGGGCCUCUAUCUUGGAAGACCGCUGCACGACAUCUCGGCGACGGUCACUAUGGAAACGCCAAUCGCGUUCUCGGAGCAUCGGGAGACAUACUGGACGCCAUCCGCGUCAGGGCUGGAGCACGGGGUGCUGGAUCACCAAGAGAUUCUGGUGGAGCAGUACAUCCAACUCCCCAGGAUCAUGUCUGCUCUCGAAGGCGCCUUGUACUUCCAAGCCGACGCCUCCAAAGUGGAGUUGCAAAAACUGGCACAAAAGACAUGGGACCGCCUGCUCGCCUGGAGACGCAACCUACCGAGGGAGCUCGACCUCGACCUCGACGGCGCGAUGCCUGCCAACUGCGUGCCUCACGUCCUCAUACUACACAUGUUCUACGAGUACCUCGUCAUCCUGCUGCACCGGCCGUUCGUGGCCAAGCGCUACAUCCAGCCGCACCCGCUGGUGGGAUCCGGGCCGCAGCACGCGCGGCAGAUGUGCGUGCGGUCGGCGUCGCGGAUCGCGACGCUGCUGUCGUGGUACGAGGAGCGGUUCUCGCUGGGGCUGAUCAACAUCCAGGCGGUGCAGAUGACGUUCAGCGCGGCGCUGGUGCUCGUGUACGCGACCGUGUCCGAGGGCGGCGACGUGCAGAGCCACCAGCUCAUCGCCGCCCGCCUCGACACGUGCUGCCGCGCCCUCGCCGAGCUGGGCAACACCUUCGACAACGCCACCCGCACCCUCGACGUGCUGCUGCACGUCAAGCGCACCUGGCAGGCCCGCCUCGUCGCCGCCUCGUCCGCCGCCGGCUCCAAGCGCCGCGCUCAGUCGUUUGCCAGCGACGAGCGCGCCAAGCGCCGCAGUGCUUCGCAUGGCGUCGAGACGGGCGUCUCCAUGUGA